AUGGGAUGUGUAGCUUAGAAGAAAAAAGUUGAAAAGUAGAUUUAUAGAAUGGAAACUCAAAUAAAAAAGUUAGUUUAGUAGAAUGAAGAGAUGACAAAUCAAAUCAAUACUAUGAGAGAGUAGGAAUAGUUACUAUCUCAACUUUGUGAAUAAAGGUCUGAAAGAUAAAAAAUAGAUUUGACUGCUUUGACAGAUGAAUUGAAUAAUAGAUUUGAGAAGAUGAGUAAUGAUCUAAAAUAGAUUGAUAUAAUUUGUGAGGAAUAAAAAUAGGCAAAAUUAAAAGAGAUGUUAGAUUGGAAGAACUUAUUUGAUAAAUUGGAUAAUGUAUCUAAGAAUAACUUAUCUCAAAUAUCAGAAGAAGAUGAAUAUUGA